CUCAAGGCUCAGCGCAAGUUUGAUGUUUUCCAAGUUCUAACCGGAAACCCCACUCGGGCAUCUCCGAGUUAUCUGAUAAAUCCAAUCGUAUACAAUCCGACAUGGUAUCCGUAUCUCCGCGCCCUCUGGUUGAGAACCGCUUGGUGCUCAUUGCAGCGGCCAUCUUCGUCGGGCUGAUCGCCUUCGGCCCCACGCCCUCGUUCGCGCAGGACGGCGAGCAGGUCUCCGGUGCGCCCAGCGGCGAACUGCACAGGAUCCUCAUCCCGAAGUGCCUCGUGGCAUGCUUGCCGUCGCCCUUCACGCCCAAAGGAAGAGACAGACGAGAGGAAAGAGAGGACGAGGAGGAGGAGGAGGAGUACGACGACGACGAAGAUGGUGACAAGCAGGCAGAAGAGGUGCAGCAGCACCGUCCGAGAUCCUCUUCUUGCGCCACCGUCGCUGAUCUGACAUCGUUCGUGGUCGGCCUCGUCUUCUUCCGCCGUCGACCUGCUGGGCGGCCAGGACAGUGAGGCUUUAGCGCGACGAGCUUUUGUCUGCCCGAGGACAGGAGGCAACGUCACGCGGGCGAGUGCCGCAGCGAUUGAUCGCGGCAUCCCGCAUCAAUUCUAGAGGCGAUACUGGAAAGAGCAUCCCCUCUGCUUGGGUAGGUCAUAGUGGGAUGAGUCGCUUGCUAGGCCACUGCUGCAUUGCCAUCGCAGUCACCGAGCUACCACCAAUUAGUUGUCUCUCGCACUUGGCCAAGUACACGACGGGAGCCUAAUUGCUAAGAUGCUUAAUGCUGGGACCAAUCGCAGGUUCAAGUCUCAGAUCUACCAGAUUGGUCAGUGGAAAUUGCCGUCCUCAUGCGCCGUGUUGUGAGACCACAAUUGAAGUGGCCUCAGUCAACAUCGAGCCGUGCUGAUCGUGCACUCGCAGCAAGUUUGCGCUGGUAAUGGGUUCGACCGCACGUCGGGAUUACGUACCUAGUAGCGUUGCACGGUGCCGCGGGAAGGCAGCGAUAAUGGCAUCCGUAUCUUCGUACCACAUGCGAGGGAUCUCGCUGGCCGCCACGGCCCUGACCCUGAUGCUGCUGGCCUUCGGUCGACGAACAGGGAACGGCAUCGAACGAGGUUGCCUCACCGAGGGGGCACGCCUUGUCCGGCCGACGCAACUGUGGCCCCGCUGGCGAGGCAUGGGCGCGGGGCGAUCCCGGGGCCGCCCCAGGGCGGCCGUCACCCCCGGGGUUGGAGCUCCUCGUCCCGUGCCGCUCCUCGUCCGCCGAGUCGGGAGGGGGAAGGAGGCGCCCACCACCCGCCAGGCCUCCGCUGGCGCAGCCGGGACCCAGGCCUCGGUGGGAUGGCAGCUCCUGUUGUGGAAGCCGAUCAAUGGAGAGGAAGCGUGCUGCC